AGCCCGGAUGGAGCAGCCAUUGGGGAAGUGUACAGAGCUUUAACGUAACUGAGGAGGGCUCUCUUUCUCUCUCUCUCUGUGGAAUAAAAAUUCAAAGUAAAGGGCGAGCGAGGAUAGAAAUAUAAUCAAGAUACGAAAGGUCCAGUCGGCGACACGUAACAUUAACUUGAAAACCUGUACCAGGAACCGGCUGCUUUCGGACACAGUAUCCGAGGCGACAGACUUGAACUGUGGAAGUUGGGAUACGUGCCCACAGCGGAAAAUAUACAGCUGAGCUAGCCACACGCUAAGCGGCACAAUUAGCCACAUAGCUAACUGUAACUGAGCUGUGAACUUGCUUUCAAAUCACGGGGCUUGAAAUCCAGUCACAAGCUCAGGCUCUGUGAGAAUCCAGGGACUUGCUUAAUGAAUUAUGUCUGCCACAAGCAUUGACCCUCAGCAGAGAUCAAAGGGACAAGCAUCUAAAGUGCAAAAUGGUUCACUACAUCAGAAGGAGACUGUCCAUGACAAUGACUUUGAGCCAUACCUCACUGGUCAAUCAACUCAGAACAACAGCUACCAGUCCAUCACCGACCCCUACCUGUCCAGCUACUACGCCCCCUCCAUUGGAUUUCCUUACCCCCUUAGUGAGGCUCCAUGGUCCACCGGUGGGGACCCCCCUAUUCCAUACCUCACCCCUUACGGACCCUUGAGUAAUGGAGACCAUCACUUCAUGCAUGAGUCAGUGUUUGGCCAGCCAGGGGGCCUGGGAAGCAGCAUCUACCCCCACAGGUUUAACUUUUUUCCUGAAAAUCCUGCCUUCUCUGCUUGGGGCACAAGUGGCUCCCAGGGCCAGCAGACUCAAAGUUCAGCCUAUGGUGGCAGCUACAGCUAUCCUCCCAGCUCCCUGGGGGGCACCCUGGUGCCUGAUGGUCAGACGGGCUUUCACAGUGACACCCUCAACAAAGCCCCUGGUAUGAACAGCCUGGAGCAGGGAAUGGUUGGCUUGAAGAUCGGAGGGGAUGUCACUGGCCAGGGCUCAGGUGUCAAGGCUGUGGGAUCUGUGAUUGGUGGCCCGGCGGUGGCAGCCACGGGAAAUGGAGCCACACCUAUCGGCAUGCCCCCACCCAAGCCCACCUCCUGGGCGGCCAUUGCCAGCAAGCCUGCCAAACUGCAGCAGCUGAAAGCUAAGAUAAAGCCAGGGAUGCCCAAUCCAGGGGGAGCUCUGCCCCCACCACCCAUCAAACACAACAUGAACAUUGGGACCUGGGACAAGGGCCCAGUGACUAAAGUAGCCACAGCUCCACUGCAGCAGCAGCAGCAGCCUCUUGGCAUGCCUCAUGCCAUGCCACCUCAAGCCCCCAUGCAGCAAGGACCCAUGCAGCCCCCUCCUCCCCAGUCUUUGGUGCAGCCCCAGAUGCAACCAAUGGCCUUACAGCCCCAACCUCCCCAUCACCAGCACCAGCACCAACACCAGCACCAGCACCAGCACCAUCAGCCACCACCUCAGCCCUACCAAAACCACACCCAGCCCCCACAACCCCAGAACCGUUGGGUUGCCCCACGCAACCGCAACCAAGGCUAUGGGCAGGGUGGCCCUGGCCAAGACGGUAGUGGUGUGAUGGGUGUGGUUGGUAGUGGGAACACUGGCCCCCAACUGUCUGCCAGCCAGGGACCUGGUGCAGAGUCCCACCCAGUGCUGGAGAAGCUGCGUGCCUCCCACAGCUACAAUCCCAAGGACUUUGAAUGGAACCUGAAGAACGGUCGUGUUUUCAUCAUUAAGAGCUACUCUGAGGAUGAUAUCCAUCGCUCCAUCAAGUAUUCGAUCUGGUGCAGCACGGAGCACGGCAAUAAGCGGCUGGACUCAGCUUUCCGGGCCAUGAGUGGUAAAGGUCCUGUGUACCUGCUGUUCAGUGUCAAUGGCAGUGGUCAUUUCUGCGGCGUGGCAGAGAUGCGUUCACCAGUGGACUAUGGCACCAGUGCUGGUGUUUGGGCACAGGACAAGUGGAAGGGCAAAUUUGAUGUGGACUGGUUGUUUGUUAAGGACGUGCCUAAUAGCCAGCUGCGCCACAUCCGCCUGGAGAACAAUGACAACAAGCCAGUGACCAACUCCCGCGACACCCAGGAGGUUCCUCUGGAGAAGGCCAAGCAGGUGCUCAAGAUCAUUGCCACCUACAAACACACCACCUCCAUCUUUGAUGACUUCUCCCAUUACGAGAAGAGGCAGGAAGAAGAGGAGGAGGUGCGCAAGACUUUUGAACCUGCCCAGAUACAGAACCGCUCUCGGUUGGAUCAGGAGCGCCAAAACAGGAAUAAACAAUAGAGGACAUUUAUCCUUGGCUUGAUCAACAGUUACACUAGGACUUUUGAUUUAAGAGACAGAAGAAUAUAAAAAUGCAACCAAGCCCUUCAUUUUUUUCUAUUUAAUCCUGGUGAAUCUCUGCCAUUGUUGAGACUUGUGCUUUUUUUGCCCCAUAUACCACCCACUUCUUGUGCAGGGAUAACAAGCUGAUUUAAUGUAUUACCUAGCCACCACCACACUCUUUAGUUCAGGUUUUUUUUUUUAAGUAUUUUUCUUCCCGUUCCAUCUUGUACUCUUCUCUCACCAGACUGGUUUUCUCUCUCCUGCCCCCAAGUCCUCCUCUUUCCAAUUGAAUCAGGGUUUGACUGCACCAUGGAGAAAAAAAUCUGCCACUUUAUAUUUCAGUACAAUCAGGAACGGAUGUGUCCUGCCCCUAUUUGUCCAUUUGGGGGCAACAUUGCCAUGCUUCAGAGUUUUAACUGUGCCAACAGGGUUGGAGGAUCCCAAAGGCAAUGUUGGACUUGGAACUGUGCGAUAAUAAAACUUCAAUGGUUUAUCUAUUUUUCAUUCAGAUCGACAAAAUCUCUAUUUUUUGGCUUACUACUGACAAUUUUCAUUUCAGAAAUCUGUUUUCUGGAGCCUUAACUUUUUUUUUCUAAUUAUUGGUGACUUCUCAAAAGAACUGCUCAAACAGUGACACUGCUGGAGAAAUCAGGGAUAGUGUGAAGUCACACGGGACUCGAGACAUUUCAGAGGAGGAAUUGCAAAGGCCUCUGGGAAAGAAAUAACGGAUGUGUCCUCCACAACCAGAACUCUCACCAUUUAAAUCAAAAAUUGUACUAUUGACAUCAUUCACACCCCUCUGCUUUGCUUUCUUUUGAUGUUUGUCUUGAAGGGGUCUUUUGUAUGUUUCAUCAGGAGAUUCUGCUUGUGUACGCAACCCAGUCUGAGAGAACUGUCGCAUCCACCAUUUUAAAUUGUUUUAUAGUCAAUUCAGAAUGAAUUGUUGCUUGUGCAUUUUUGUUCCACAAAAUGGGGGGAGGGUUCACAUAUUUGUCCAUUCACCAUCAUUCUGUCUUAAUCCUCUGUUUUUGUUUUUUUCCUUUAAUUUGGUUUUGCUAAGUCUAUCAUGUUGGUCGUAAUGCUAAGCUUUAACGUAGGAGCCUAUAUAUUCAUGGAGAAAGCCUAAAAAUGUAUAACCUAAAAAUUAAUGUAACUGAUUUACUAUCGAGUAAGAAAAAAAUAAGAAUGAAAUGUGGUUUCUGUGUGUUUUUUGGUUGUUGUUGCAAAAAAUAGUUUGUUCUAGACUGAAUCCAUUGAUUAUGAUACAGUAAAGUACUUUCAGGUAUGUUCAUGGGAAAAAAAAGAUUGGUUAUUAAAAGAACAAAGUCACUAAUAGAUGUGUGUGCCAUGCAUGGCAAGCUGCAAUAUAGUUAAGUCUGCUGGAAAUGUUGAACUAUUAUCCAUCCUGCAGCUUCUCUGUGAGGUGAGAGUGGUGAUGUUGAUUAGUCCUUUAAAGGACAGUGUCCCCCUGUUGUCGUGUCAGUGGUUUCAGGGCAUUCAAAGCCAGAAUGCAGUUUAUUUGUUAAUGAGGGUUUGAGAUCAGCAGGUUCUCUCUUGAUUAGUUUGAGAUUGUGACUUCAGUAUUUUGUGGAUUGCGAGGUUACCAUGUUGCAGAGAGGAAUGCUGCUAAUAGACAUGGCUGUCUCUUUCAUAUUAAGGUGACUUUUCUCAUUCUGACUUAUUUUGUUUUAUUUCUGUACAAGUUUAAAUUUGAUGUAGCUUCAUGGUAACCAAAUCAAAUAUUCAGAUCCCAAUUCACAAUUUUCUGUUUGAAAUAUUUCAGUUGAAAAAGAUGAUAUUGACACUUGUACCUGUUUAGGUAAUGUGGCCUGGACUCAUGAAGCUGUUUGGUCUUUUCAGAGUAUGUUAGACUGUGUAUGUGCUAUAUGAUCUAUCUUGAUUCUGUCAGGACUUUAUCCCCUUUAUAAUGUUGAGAUGACAGAAGUACUGCACUUUGUUUGGGUCACUUGAGUGUGAGUAUGAACCGUAUGCUUCACAACCGUAUUUCGAGAUGUGUGAAGCUACAUUGUAUGUUUUUUCUUUUGAUUUUUUUUCUUUUUUUUUUUUUUUUUUAACCUGGCCAGUGUAUCCCCCUGUUAUGUAGAGACCAGACCUCCAAGAGGAUCCUUUCUUCUCCAUCUCUUCUCCUUUUUACCUGCACUAAUCAAUAGCUAGGUUGAUCCAAGCAAUACGGUGAACGCCCUUCACAUGUUUGCCUUCGCCUUCACCGACACCGCUCUCUCCAUCCAGCGUCAGAGUCAGGGGGAGGUGAGAAGCUAAAGGAUGCCACCGAUGUCGCAGCCACAGCCGUCUUUGCCUCAGGAAGCAUGAGCUAGUUGUGAUUAUAGUACAGGGCUUACAUGCACGUUAAUGACAACUGUCGGAAGAUGUUUGCUGCAAUAGACGGAUGUCAGGCUAGCCAUCAAAGUAUAUGUAUCAACACUACAAAAGGAUUAAUGACAUGAAAUAUUAAAUAAACAUUGAUUAUCUUAUAGACCACAGUUGUAGUGGGCAUAACAUGUUCAAAAGAGCUAUCUUGGUUUUUCUUUAUAGAAGAAAUCAAGCCUUAAUAAACUGUCCAUUCAGAAAUUA